CUAAGGGUGAGGAUAUAGUAAAAGCAGCAGAGGGACUUUCUGGAAUGUCGUUAGCACAAAUCACUAUAAAUCGUGACGACAGAAAUAAAAACGUUUCUCUAGCCGAAAUCGCAAAGUUAACUAGUACAUUUAUUGUUCGCCCAAAACUGAUAAUUUCGGCACAUACAAAACCAACAUCUAAUUGGACCAUUCCAAUCCCAACGAUUCAAGUUCUUACAAAUAACAAAAUGAUCGAGAUGGAAGAUGUUAUCAAUUUUAAUAAUGGAGAUGAUGAUCGAGGUUCUGAAAUGGAUAUUGAAGACGUUCCCAAUCUUAACGAGGAUAAUUAUCAAGAAAGUUUCGAAAUGGACGUUGAAGGUAUUGGACUAGCCAAAACACAACUUUUUAUUGUGAGCAAAUAA